GUAUAUAGGCUACAGUUAAAAUAAUCGACGUCAAACAGGCGAGUUUAAUCUUCUUGAAGCGGAUUUACGCUUGUAAGGCAUAAAAAAGCCAAACGUGCUGUCGGAAACUGGCAGUAAGUAACGGGACCAAGACGGAGACAGAAAUUUAAACUGAAAUAAACAAGAGAAAGGGGAAAGUUGACAUAUCACGAAAGAACGCAACAUGCCGAAAGCCUGCGGUGUCUUGAUAUUUGUGCUGUACUUGUAUCAAGCCAUAGGACCAAGUGUGGGGUUUGGAUUGGGAGGAGUUUGCCCGGACGAGCACAUAACCUGCUCUUGUGGCCAAAACGGGGCAACUAUUCAAGUGAAUAUCAAAGCUUGUGUGCAUUUCUACCGUUGGAAACCGUACUGCAAGAUAUGUGACAAGGAUAGCUUUAGCAGCGAGGCGGAGUGCCAGAAAAGAGAAUUCUGUGCCACGUGUAGCCCCAAUCAGGGAGAGAGCUGUGUCUCUUGUCCCCCCGGAAGGUUUGGCGCUACUACGGAGUGUAGGGGAGUUUGUCAAUGUCAGAACGGGGGCACCUGUAAUACUUUUGACGGCAGCUGUUUCUGCAGAGAUGGUUUUACUGGCAUUCACUGUGAAAUCGGUUCCGCUCCUCCUACAACAACUAGGCCUACUACUACUUCUACUUCUACUACUACAAUCGCAACAACCGUCGCCAUCACUUGUCCGGCUUUACCCAACCCUCCCAAUGGUCGGGUGUCAGCGAAUACUGCGCAGGCUCAGGGGUCAAAGGUUACGUACACCUGUUUCCAAGGAUACCGAUUAGUUGGUCCUUCAGAGCGCACUUGUAACGACGGUGUGUGGAGCGGACAGCAACCACAUUGUGAGUUGAUCCGUGUGACAUGCCCUACGCCUACAGCGCCAUCUAACAGUAAAAUCAAAAUCACUAGUGCUAGAGAGGAGUACACACCAGGGAUGAGGGUGGAAUUUGUGUGUGAUAGCGGCUACUCACGACACGGCGCCGCCCUGGUGGUAGAAUGCAGUACUAGCGGAAAUUGGUCCUCUACCAGCGGGAGAUGCAAUCGAUUCGUGACUUGCGAAGAUCCUGGUCUUCCCAAAAAUGCCAUCCGCCAAAUUACUGUUGGCCGGUCAGCUAACAGCGUAUUCGGGAGACUGGCCAGAGGAAGAGGAAGGAGCCGCCUAGGGUUUGUAUCAAGAAGCAGUAGCACCCCUCCCCCCGCCAUCGAGAUCCCAGAUUCCCAGGUUCCAGAGGGGCACUUCAAGCCUUACACCACCCUGGUUUACUCCUGCGAGUCCAAGCACUACCAGCUCGUAGGGGGCAAAAGACGCGUAUGCCUGUCGAAUGGUAGAUGGACGAAUAGGCAACCAGCUUGUGUACCAGUGUGCGGUAAAUCAAACGCUCCUAGACUUCCAUUCAUUACAAACGGAAACGUCACCGAAAUUGGGCAAUGGCCGUGGCAGGUCGCCCUCUACAGGCAAACCGUUGACAAGGGGAUGGCACUUAUCUGUGGAGGCGUUCUUCUCAACGAGAACUGGAUUGUGACGGCAGGGCACUGUGUCGUGGAACCAGGGACGGCAUUUGUAGCCUCAACAGCCUCGUUCAGGAUAAAGCUAGGGAAAUAUUACCGAGACGACAGCUUAGACGAUGAGUUCGUGCAGACAUUCCAGGUUGAGGAAAUCCACCUUCAUCCCAGCUUUGAACCUCUCUCCCUUGACGCAGACAUUGCUCUGAUGCGCGUUCCAGACCCGGGGGCGGUGUUUACCGACCGGGUCCGCCCUGUUUGCAUGACUGACGUUGUCAGUAGUGACACACGGGUGAAGGCGGGGAAUAGGGGCGUGGUCACGGGUUGGGGGAAGAAUGAGAACGGGCUGUACUCCGACGAGUUAAUGCAGGCAGUCAUCCCGGUGGUUGAUAGCCAAGUGUGCGAGGAGAGCUACGUGACAUAUGCUGAUCUAGCCAUGCCAGUGACCAGCUAUAUGUUCUGUGGGGGGUACGCAGAAGGACAGUUUGACGCCUGCUCUGGAGACUCAGGAGGUCCCUACGUGUUCCCGUCUGGGACAGGCGAUUCACUUCGUUGGUACUUGGAAGGUUUAGUCAGUUGGGGCAGUCCUGACGGAUGCGGGAAGGCAAACCAAUAUGGCGGCUACACACGUGUCUCCAGAUUUAUCGAUUGGAUGAAAAAUAUCAUGUGAUGCGUUGCAUACGUUUGAUGGGAAAAACACGUAUAUGCGACUCACGUUUUCUUUUCAUUCAUAAUGGAUGAUUUCAACAAAAAUGAUUCUAAAAGAAUACAUAAUGUGAUAUUGGUAAAAGAUUGUAAAUAGACUGGUUUUAUCUAAUAAGAAAAAAAAGAGAAAGAAAAAAACGAAUCAAUGGUAAAGAUUAUACUGUAUGUCAAUACAAAUUCAAAAUAAACAAUGAAUACUUGCCCAAUGAGCAAUUCAAAUAAUUUAUUACAAAGACCGCUUACAUCAUACAAGAAUCCUGGCAAAGCUGUUGGCCAUAUUGGAACAGGUUUCCAAUAUCUCUGUUGUAUUGCCAUGAGAAUUUUAUAUCAAAAUAGCAUUUAAAGGCUCUGUGACUUAAUAUUACCAUUAGUAAGUUAUAUUAAUAUGACCUGUUAUGGCUUUUUUU